GAUUUUUAGUUUUUAGAAACAAUGAAUCCUACUCGAGACGCGAUUCUAAACCUUUAUCGGACUUUAAUCCGGGAAAGCAAAAAAUGGAACUCGUACAAUUACAGAAUGUAUGCUCUGCGAAAAAUACAACAUGAAUUCAAAGAAAAUAAAGCGUUAAAAGAUGAAGAAAAGGUUAGGCAAUGUUACGCAAAAGGAUUGGAAACACUGUCGAUAAUCAAGAAACAAGUCAUAUUGGGCGAUCUCUAUAGUACUAGGCCCUUAAUUAUUGAAACUAAAAGCAAACUACACAGCGCAGUAAAAUAGAAAUACAAUUGCAAUUAUUUAAUUUAAUAUAUCGCAUCAUACAUCUGCUUUUUAUCUAUCAUUUAAUAUUACAAAACGAACUAAGAUUAAAGAAAUACA